AUGACACAAAACAAUACCGUCGUUGAUCUCACCACCGACGACCAGGUCUUCAAUGCAAAGGACUGGAUUGGCGUAGGCAAGACGUGGCCGCAGGAUGUCCCUGGUUACCUACAGGAAGCACGGUCGAAAGUGUUUACUAUACCUAGGGAAUGGUCUGCUAUUUUCCCUGAACAUGAUCUACCCGUUCUCGACUUCGUAGCAUGGUCACUACCACCGGUAUCAUUCGACAUUCGUUUCACCCAUCCAGGGACCUGGUUCACACAAGACGUAUCAAACACCGACGUGACCGUGCUCAUGGAACGAUCUCUCCCAAGUCGGGACUACGUCGAGAGCCUAGAGAAGGCAUCUAAUCAGGCGUGGUUGAAUGGUGCGCAGUCAAUGCACGACUUACGUUAUAACGACCGCAGAGAGCGACUGCCCCUCUACACGUUGACCGCAUGGCAUGACCUGCUGGAGAUCCGGGAUGCUCAACAGUCCUGGAAGAGCUCCAGGAGUUGGCUCGCACACGUUCGCAAGGACCCGAGUCUAGCGGCUGGUGCUGUUGAGGCUGAGAAGCUUCUGCUGUCACUCAGCUGGGAUAAACCGUGUUCAACGCCUCCCCGACUUGGAGCCAGGACUUGUCUAACAAGUACGCGCACCUUGAACCGCCUGCUGGAUGAUAAAGCGUGGAUAUCGGGGAGCCUGAUGGAUGCUAUGAUUGAGCACGUAAACCGUCGGCUGCAAGACAAGAGGGAGCUUGCCUUCGAAGUGCUCAUAGCAAGUCAUGUAGUCAUGCAGCAACUCCGUCGCGCAGUUUCGCUGCAUGAUUAUGGGCAGAAGAACGUACCCAUGCUCGCACGUUUUGAGCAGCGCGUCAAGCUCGAUCGAUACGAGCGGUUAUACCUACCUGUCUUCGUGCAUAACUGUCACUGGAUUGCGGUCGAAGUCAAUUUCUCACAGAGCACGAUUGCAUAUGGUGAUUCGUUACACGACAUGCCAGCUCCAGAUGCGGAGAUUGAAGUAAUUCAGCACUGGCUACGAGUACGCUUUGCAUGGCUACGUUUCAAGGAUCUGGGCAACUCGUUAGCGCACGGAAGACAACACGACAAGAACCAGUGCGGGAUGUGCGCCGUCAACACCAUCACGCAUGCGGUAUUUGGUGACAAGCUUUGGGAGAAAUCACGAAGCUGUCUGGAGCGGUUGCUCUGGUUCAAUAAGUUAGCGAGCCGACUGACAAUCCUGCAAGACGCUAGUACAGAGCAUCCCCUUGCCGUGGACGGCCUCCGAACGACACCUAUGGCUACACCUCCUCACGGCGAUGAUCGUCGGCGAACCUCCGCGCUCUCGCUGUCAAGUAUCCUCAACCCAGUGUUUCCAUCCGAUGUAGCACCCUCCGCACGCUCGUCAGACACACGCCCUCAUGGCGAUGAUCUCCGGCAAAGCUCUGCGCUCUCACUGUCGAGUAUCCUCAACCCGCUGUAUCCAUCCAACGUGGCACCCUCCGAACACUCGUCAGACACACACAUUCCACCGUCUUUACUGCCACCCUUACCGUCUCCUCCGAUUUCACCACCUGUGUCGGAAAUCAGACGUUCGCCAACUCCCUCACCAGUACCACAUACCGCACCGAACACCAAGCCCUCGUCGUCGGCAUUCUUUUCGAUCUUCCAACCGGAUACUGAGGCUGCUUGUCGCACUUCGCGGUCUUCAAAUAAGAGACAGGUGUCGGAACGAUCGCCAUCUUGUUCCCCCUCGGAAGGCACUGGCUCCUUCACGAAGAAGAGGAAGAUGACAGAACGUUCGCCGUCUUGCACUCAGCCCAAGGAAGGGACUAGCCACUCUGCUGUCCAUGAGCGCAAACAGCGGCGGGAGCUUGACGCAGGCACCUUGGCCGUUGACGCGAGAAAGCUGGCAACCUUCAGGAAAGGGAUUCUGUUCAUCGAUCAGCGAGCAGAGUUCGAUCGCAACGACAUACGCAUAGUCAGGUGUUCAAAAUGCGGCAAGGAGCCCAAGAUGAAGAGGCCUUACGAAGUGAUGCGCUUCCGCGAGCAUUAUCGCCGCUGCAAAGGAUCCACAAGGCGAAAGGGAACAGAGGCGGGAGGAAUGUCAACGCUUGUUGCAUUGGGCUGGACUGCAGCAUCUUCCUCGACGUCGUCCCGCCCCCAACAGAAACAGAUCCUCGCACAGCCACAGCGAAGCGAAGUGCCAUGUCCAGGACUCACCAGCCAUUACCACGCAUUCAUAGCCCAGUAUCUUCACCGCACGGCGGUCCACGGAGGUGGUGCGCGAUCCAUUGUGGUGCUGGCGAAAGAGCGAUAUGGCAAGACGUAUGCGCGACUGACGAAGAAGGAGAAGAACAUCGUAUUAGACGCGCAGGCGCUUGAGCAUCGGUGGCGGAAUGACCAUGCGCGUGAGCGCGUGUUCUCUACGCAAUGUAGCCGGUUUGUGGAGGUAGGCGUAGACGAAGAGCUAUCGCCUUGCUUUUCGUGCCUACAUCUACCUUCACUCGAGGCAUUCGCACACGCAACGAAGAAGCCAGCGCCAGCAAACAAAGACUUCAUCUUCGUCAAUCAUCGCUUCCGGGACCCGGUCUUGGGCGAGCUGUAUGCUAAGGUUAUAGGAGUGAAGGAGCUCAUUGACGAGGCUCAGCUUGAUUCCUGUAGUCCGUUUGUACUGUACGCCAACGGUGUAUUGAAGGGAAAGUUCAAGAGCGACAAAAUCCUCUCAGGCCUCCUUGAAGCGUUCCUAAUCCGGAACGACAAAGAUUUCCGAGGCGUCGGCAUGCAGAACUUCAAGUGGCCAUCAGGGUAUGACGAGUUCGUCAACCUCAUUCGUUUCCACAGUCCAAGCGCAUAUCGGGUUGUGGCGCAGUACCUCCCUAGUCGUACCGAUCGCAGCUACAAGCAUUGCGAGGCACGACAGCCUAAACUGCAUAUGGGAAUCGGUGAUCCAACCUUCAACGCCGUGGUUGAUCAGCUGGCGAUCUAUGAGUACAGUGGCCCAGUUGGUCUUAGCUGCGACGACACGAAGCUUCUACCCGCCCUCAGGAUUUACUGGGACUCUAAAGAGGCAAAAUUCUUCCUCGUUGGCGGAGUUGAGGGGCGAUUGCAGGUGACGGACCCGGACGCACUCGAGAAGUCAAUAGAUGAUUGUGGGGCAACGCCUGGAGCGAAGCUUCGGCUCUGGUGUAUCCAAGUCCCGUUACCCAAGAUACCACCCAUCGUUGUUGCGGCGAUCGCAAUAGCAAACGACAUGAAUGCAGACAACCUUGUUCCCCUCUCGGACAAGAUUCUGCGCGGACUCAUAGCCCGGGAAGUCCAGGUCGUAUCGUACGCGUGUGACGGAACGGAGGUUGAGCGGUCUGUUCAACGCCUGCUAACAGACCGUGCAGAGGAGCGGCUGAAGUACGUCAUCCCCAGCCCCGAUGCAGACAGCUGCUUGGAACCACACGAGAUCGUGAUCCCCGUGAUCGCUGGUCAGCCUGUUGUGAUGAUUCAAGACUCAAAGCAUGGCGCGAAGACGUUUCGGAACAACGCCUACUCUGGCGCCCGCUUUCUCACUCUUGGGAACGUCUACUUCCUCUAUCGCCACAUCAGACAAGCAGCCCGAGGCAAGGAUAGUCCACUCUACGAACGCGAUGUUGAACGACUCGACCGGCAAGAUGACAACGCUGCUGCACGUCUGUACUCGGCACAGUUCCUGCAGUAUCUGGCAAAUGAACACCCAGACUUCGUCGGCGAAAUUCUCCUUCUAUUCGUCUUUGGUGAACUCAUCGACGGCUACCAAAAUCGGUCAAUCUCGCACCAUGAGCGCAUCAAGAUGGCGCUCCGUACACGCUACUUCCUCGAGAUGUGGAAAUCGUACCUCAGCGCAACGGGCCACUCGCAGGUCAAGUACUUUAUCUCUAGGGAGGCAACCGAUAUCAUGCGCAUGCUCGUAGACGGGCUGCUUGGCCUAAUCUUCGUACACCGGGACCACGUUUCCAUGGACCCCAAAAGCGAGUCUAUGCACGGCUGCUUCCCUCUUCUUCCGUGGUAUCAUGCAUCCGAACCAUGCGAGCAUGUCUUCGGUGAGAGCCGUCGACUUGUCAAGGACUUCACUAUGUUGGACUUCUACUUCAUGGUCCCGAAGCUGCGCUUGAAGAUUCGUGAGGCUGUUUUCCGCGCCGAGAUGUCCGAUCCAAAGGCGCGCGCCAGUGGCUAUAACCAUACGUACUUCGAUGUCCAUGGACUCGACAUGCAUGCCCUAACGGUGUUCCCGACGGUGGCCGAAAUUGGCUUCAUUUCAAAACAGGUGUAUGAUGAGGCGUCAUCGCUGAUAGCACUGACUGGACUCUCGCCUAGUCAGCUUGUUCAGCCGGCAAUCCCAAGCAUCUCAUCAUGGUACACAGAACCUGCUGAUGACGACGACAGCUCGGACAUCGACAUGUACGAAUCAGGUGUCAAAGACGAUGGUGGUGAUAUCUGGAAGAUGCUAGGCCACGAUGAAGAGGACGAUAUAGCCUGUAAGCGGCUGCCCAGCGAAGAUGACGAGAUGGUCUCCCUGAAGCUCGCGGCAAUUUCGACUACUAUCAGUGACGUGGUGAAUGUUGCGGCGAUGCCUGACAUCGAGGACGAUGUCGAGGCCGAUGUAUGUGCUGAAGAAUACCGGGACAUCCGUGAGGCAAUCUACGCGGCAUUGCCUCCUGUUGAUCUCCCCGCAGAGAAGCAGAAGCCGCUCGGGCUGGGUCAUAUCCUCCCUGCUCAAGUCGACUUCAGCGCACUCGUAGAGCUUCGCAGGAUCCACCAGACGCGACAGGCAGAGAAAGGUGUACGAGAAAACGUGCAAAGUCUCUGA